UUCGUUAAGGCUUCCCCCGUUCUACACAGUUUACUUUGAGUUGUCCGAAAACCUCAUAGGCAACGCUUGAUCGGCAUUCUUUUCCAGCAUCCGGAUCUUAGUCCCUUUGGUAAGAGAUUGUCAGAGAAAGCGAGUCAUUUGGCCAACUCCUUUGGCCGUUUAGGCACCAAAAAGUUUGCGGUAAAUGCAACAACAGUGCUGGGAAACCCGCAGCGGAUCGACGAUCUCUACGGACGGUGAUAAGGUCCAGUACAGAUCUAUUUCGGUCUGUUCAAAUCUCGACGAAGAGGGCACGGCGGAGGAUGGUAGUGGAAAGGUGGUGGGGGUGUCGGGGAUGGGGACCACCCAAAUAAUGCCGAGAUAAUAACGCCUUAUCGCGGUUCAGGGACAGUCGGCGGAUGUCCACCGGGGCAAUCAAUUAGCUGGCACGAACUGAAAAUUAGCAAACGUUGACGUUGACCGUCGAUAGUAGCCCUACGACACCCCUCUCCGCAGACGAAUCUCCCGUUGUCUCUCUGCGCCCCCACCCCUCAGACGAACCGACGCCUCCGCCGCCUCUGACUUAUCGCUCAAGCCAAGGGCUAUCGGUGUGCCCCGGUCGCCUUUCCUGAUAGACAUCGCUGGCAACAUUGCUCUGAGGAGUGGAUUGGAUGCGGAUCCACACCCUCAGACGUCCAGCGACCGGCGAUCCGAGCAGACGCACCAAGUAUUAAGCCUGUGGUCAAACCGUAAUGAGAUCCGAUUUCAAAAUGAAAGCCCAAGUAGACUGAGCUAAGACUACAACGCAAGGAAAACAACUAUGCCAAACGUCCGAAUCGAUCGGGGCUUCCUUGAUUGAACUCGUAGUGUAAACCGCGAUCCUCCGUCCGGAUUUCAGCAACUAAGUAUUAUGCUCUCGCUGCUGCCGCACCACCCGCUCGUCUGCCGUUGCUGCCUGCUGGAGCAACCGCCGCUCUACCACAGUCUCCAUGACGCCUCCAGCCAGCUGGCGGUGGAGCUGAAGGCCCUGGCUCCCGCCCUGCGCCUGGAUCCCGGCGACAACCUCACCGAUGUGAUCUGCGACCUGUGCCUUCGUCGCCUGCACGACGCCCGCGACUUCCAGCGGCGUUGCGAGCACUCCGAGCAGGUGCUCCGCAUGCGGCACGAGCACUGGAAGCACACGGUGGCCGUGGGAGACGCCUUGGCCCUGGACGAUGUGCUUGAGUGCCUGGAGCGAGAAGUGGGCAGCCUGGAGGGACCGAUGUCCAUGCCCCUGCAAACAACCAAGCCGGUGGCCCAUGUGGCGCCCCUAAUGGAGACCGUUGAUUUUGAAAGCCUGGACUUCCAAGACAGCUCGCACAGUGCACAUGAUACUCUCUCGUACUGGGAAUCGUCGGUGGAUUCGGGCAGCCUGAACACUCCACAUCACCAGCCGGAGACCGCCGAGUUCUUUGCAGUCGAGCCCCCAACACCACCGGAAUCAUCCGAAGAGCCGGCACCGGAAGCCGCAGAAAAGCCCAAGGUGCGGAGACCCAGGCCGCGCCAGGAUAAUGUCAAGCCCAGGGAGAAGAAGGCCGCUGGUGCCGUGCACCCGCGAUCCUUGCACCCGUGCCCCGAGUGCGAGAAGAAGUUCACUCGCAACUUUCAGCUCAAGCUGCACAUGACAGCCGUGCACGGCAUGGGCGAGAUGAGGUACCAGUGCGAGGAGUGCGGCAAGAACUUUGCCUCGCGGCACAGUCUUCGCUACCACGUGAAGUCGGUGCACUCAACGGAGCGGCCGUUCGGCUGCCAGCACUGCGAGCGCCGCUUCAUCCUGCGCACGCAGCUGCUGUCCCACCUGCGCACCCACACCGGCGAAGCCAAGCCGCGCAUAUUCGAGUGCCAGCGCUGCUCGAAGAGCUGGCCCACCAAGUCCGACCUCCGCACCCACAUGCGCUCCCACAACCCCAACAUGGAGCGGCCCUUCAAGUGCGAUCGCUGCUCGAAGGCCUUCUUCACUCGUGGCCACCUCAACUCCCACCUCCUGGUGCACACCGGCGAGAAGCCAUUCGCCUGCGAGUACUGCGACAAGUGCUACCAGAGCGUUGGCAACCUGAAUAACCACAUGGUGCGCCUGCACGCAGAUAUCAUUGAGGCCCAGUUGGAGGCGGAGGGCAUCGAGAGCUGAGGCCCCCACACGCAUCCUAGGAAGAGGCUGCUUUAAGUAUUAGGGGUGCUGGAUGGACAAUUACACCGAGUCGACCACCUAUAACUUUAGCAUUACAGUGAAUAUAUUUAUAUAAUAUAAGUUUUUGGCAUGAUACCACUUUCUUCGUAGUUACCCAAUUCAAGCUGUUAUCUUAUUGAAUCAAUCAGUCAUUCAAAUAAAUGCCAAGUUAAGCAAAUAAAUGGUUUAUUGAUAUUUCAUAAAAUAAUGUAUGUAUUAUGCAAAUGAGUUAAUCUUCAUAUGUAACAAUUUAACAUUUUUUCUAUACAUUUGAAUAAAUAUAUUUCAUCUAGAAA